CGUGACGCCAUCCCGCCGGCGGGGCCCAGACAAGAUGGCGUCGCCCGGGUCCGGCGGCGCCGAGCGGGGCCCGUAGGGACGGCGGGCGGUGACCGCGGGACGGCGGGACAUCGGGGCCGAGGGCCGCAGGUACCGGGCUAGACUGGGGGCACGCAGGUUCUAGAUGGCUUCUAAGAAGUUGGGAUCCGACUCUCAUGGGCCUUUCAGUUACCUUGAUGAUGUCCCAUUUAAGAUAGGAGACAAGUUCAGAACCCCAGCAAAGGUUGGAUUACCCAUUGGUUUCUGUCUGUCUGAUUCUUCUCAGCUUGUCAGAGAGGCCCAGUAUGACUUCUCGCUGGAAAAGAAAACAAUUGAGUGGGCUGAAGACAUCAAAAAAAUUCAGGCUGCUCAGAGAGAAGCUGAACGCAAGGCAGAAGAAGCUCUAGCAAACUCAAAAGCUGCUCCAGAGGACAGCACCAAGAUGGGGUUCUCAGAGGGACCUUGCCCUGAAGCCAUGCCUCCUCCUAUUAACCCCAUCCUUGCUAGCCUGCAGCACAAUAAUAUUCUGACUCCUACCCCGGCCAACACCAGCUCUGUGAAGCAAAAGGUCCUUAGUCCCCCUCGUCCAAAGGCAGAUUUCAACCCAGCUGAUUUUGAAUGUGAAGAAGACCCAUUUGACAAACUGGAAUUAAAAACUAUUGAUGAUAAGGAGGAAUUAAAAAAUAUCCUUGAAAUUCAUGUUGGUACUACUGGGCCAGUUGUUGCCCAGCUGUUAGAUAAUACUUUGCCUAAAGGAGGGUCUGAGUCUGUGUUGCAAGAUGAGGAAGUUCUGGCAUCCAUAGAAAAGGCCACGUUGGACUUCAAACCCCUUCACAAACCCAAUGGCUUUAUCACUUUACCACAGUUGGGAAACUGUGAAAAGAUGUCCUUGUCUUCCAAAGUGUCCCUUUCCCCCAUCACUUCAGUGAGCAAUAUCAAAUCCCUGUCAUUCCCUAAGCUUGACUCCGAUGAGGGUGAUCAGAAAUCAUCAAAGCUCACGAGCACUUUCCACAGCACUACCUGUCUCCGCAACGGCACUUUGCUUAGCUCUUUGCAGACCUGUGCUCAGAGCAAAGCCAGUGAACUGAAUGGACACCAUAUGCUUGGUCUUUCCGCUCUAAAUGAGGACAGUGGCAGGGAGACAUUAUCCUCUUCAUCCAGGCUGUCUUCCCUGGCUGUUUCGACUGUUUGUACAGAAGAAGAAUCAUCUCAAAGCACAUCGACUACGCAGGUACACCCAGACUACCAGGAAUCAGAAGUCCCUGUGGUAACACACCAAAACUUUGCAGUGUCUAAAGUGCCCAAUAACAGCAGCUGCACGAAGUGGCUGGGUGGUCUCACGGCUGAGCUGCAGCAGGGCCUCUCCCCCAGUGAGAGGCACUGUGUGGAGACUGUGGUCAACAUGGGCUACUCACCUGAGAACGUCCUGAAAGCCAUGAAGAAGAAGGGACAGAACAUCGAUCAGGUUUUGGAUUACCUGUUUGCACAUGGACAGCUUUGUGAGAAGGGCUUUGAUCCACUUCUUGUUGAAGCAGCUUUGGAAAUGCACCAGUGUUCAGAGGAGAAGAUCACAGAACUUCUCCAAUUAAUGAGUCAGUUUAAAGAAAUGGGCUUUGAACUCAAAGACAUUAAGGAGGUCUUAUUAUUACACAACAACGACCAACACAAUGCUUUGGAAGAUCUAAUGGCCCGUGCAGGAGCCAGCUGAAGACACAUUCCUGGAUUCUUGGUGUGCAAUGGAGCAGGACCAGCCCCGCCACCUUCACAUCCAGUGUGACUUGCUCUCAGCGGAAGGAGUCCAGUUUUUUGCAUACAAGGGAGAGUGACUGAGCAAGCCUGCCUGCGUGCAUCACUCCAGCAUUUCUCUUUCCACUGAGGGCCAACUUUCAUUCUUAAAUUAAAUUUUAAAGUGUCCUUUCCUAAGUUUCUUUUUUCCAGCUUGGCCACGGAAAGUUGAGACUGCCCAGCCUCGACUGGAAUUGUACAUAGGUAGAGAUGGAGUGGUUCCCCCCUCAUUGUUGCACUGGAGUUGGACAGAAGAAUAUUAAGUUGGUUCUGAAACUAGGAUGCUUUGGUUCUUUGAAGCUGCUUUCAUGGUGUCUUGUCUGCUUGUACUGAAUUACUUGACUGUGUCACAGUCCAGAGUACCUGGUUAAAUUUGACCUUUAGUGCAAUGGAAUUUUAUUUUUUGGUUGAAAGUUAGUCUGUAACUUAGUAAAACACUGGUUCAGAAACUGUCACUAUGCAUAAAGAGAGAACCUUGGGUUUUUUUGUCCUCUUGGUUUUUGUUUUUUACCCAUGCAUCCAACAUUUUUGCCAGACAUGAGUGUCCAGUGCUGAGUGGUAGGUUCCCUUGAAGCAGGUAAGCUGUGAACUCGACCCGGACCUGCAACUUGUGUUGGUUCUUGAACCUGAAGGCAGAGAGUUGGGGCUCAGUAUUUUCAAUCCCCCAGGCUUGUAGGUUAUUUAAGACAAUGCCCUGCUAGAAAGUCAGCUAAUCUUUUUGUUUUAAUAAUACACAGUGUGAUGCAGGAGAUUUCUUUCAAGCACUUUCUUAAAAACAAAUAUACUCACUGCAUUAGUUCCAUUUUUCACACUGCUAUAGAAUUACAUAAUAAUAUCUAGUACUACAAAUCAGGUUUGGGGUUGUUUUUGAUAGUUCAAAGCAUUACAUUGUACAUUUAUCAAGUUCUAAAUACAUGAAAUAUCAGCAGUCUUGAGGAAUCUCUAAUUUGCUAAAUAUUUUGAUUCUGCAGAAGAACAACUAAUAAAACCCUGAAAUAUAA